AAUUGAGUUCUCCACUACCAGCACCACCCCUUUUGCACCACAUGACCUUCGUAAGUUGACUCCUCCUCCGAAACUUUAAAACCAGCUGCCACGUCCCUUUUCAAUAUUGUUGUAAUUGUAUUGCUAAAAAAUAUCUGUACUUUUAUUUUAUUUUUUUUUAAAGAUUGAAGCGACACCAUGAACAUCCCGGUGGUGGAUUUCGGCGCUUGCACCCUCGACGUGGACGAUAUUACCCACACGGAUCUGCGCAAGCUGAGCAUGGAGUUAGAAAAUGCUUUCACACAAGUGGGAUUUGUUUUUCUGCAGAAUACGGGCAUCACGCAGGAGGAGGUGGACGGCGUGAUGAACGCUUCCAUGAAGUUCUUCCAACAGCCGGAUGACCUCAAACAACCGUUCCGGAGGAAAACCUACCCAAACUGCGUCGUCCACGGCUGGCUACCUUUCGGAACAGAAAGGGUCGAUCCAAACAAGCCAGAAGAUUUAAAAGAGUCGUUCAACUUGACUUCACUAAACCCUGACAUAAAAUGGUCAACCUCGGUGGGAUUCCGGGAGACCCAGACGGUGUUUUUUCAACGCUGCAAAGAGCUGAGUUUGCGCAUUUUGAAGGUGAUAUCCCAAAGUCUAGAUGUGGACCCCGACAUAUUGCUGAGUGCACACCGUCAUAUUGAAACCGAUGAGAACCUCACAACACUGCGUUCGCUGUACUACCCGCCGGUGAAGAGCGAACUCGCCAAGGAGGAACAGCUGCGAUGCGGAGAACAUUCCGACUACGGGAGCAUCACCUUGUUGUUCCAGCAAUCCCAAGGACUGCAGGUGCGUGGGCGUUCGGGUGAGUUCAUCCUGGUUCCGUGCAUCCCCGGUGCCGUUCUCCUCAAUAUCGCCGACAUGAUGCAGCGUUGGACCAGUGACCGCUUUGUUUCUGCGGUCCACAGAGUUUUGCUGCCCUCCGCCGAUGACUCCAGUUCACGGCAGUCCCUGGUUUUCUUCCUCAUGCCCGACGACGACGCUGUGAUCUCCUGCCUCGACGGAACAAACAAGUACCCACCGGUCCGGGCCGGAGACUACUUUGUAGAGCGCCUUGGCUACAUCUACGUCGACGACGAUUUGUCGUGUCGUAGUGGAUCUCAGUCGGAAAACGAUCCACAUUAAAACGUUUUUUUACAAAUUGGAAAUCAUUGAACGCUGUUGCCUUCAUUUAACUUUCUGAAAAAUAGAACUUGUUUUCUUGAGUUUGUUUCCUUAAAUAUUGUUUAAAAAAAAAUCACAUGUAAUUUUUAAAACACAUUUUCUAUUUAAAAUAUAUAUCCAUCCAUCCAUUUUCUUAACCACUUAUGCUCACAAGGGUCAAUGGAGUGCUGGAGGCUAUCCCACCUAUCAACAGGCAGGAGGCGGGGUACAUCCUGAACUGGUGGCCAGCCAAUAACAAUCACACCUAGGGGCAAUCUAGAGUGUCCAAUUAAUGUUUCAUCUUUUUGGGAUGUGGGAGGAAACCGGACUGCCUGGAGAAAACCCGCACGGACGCAGGAACAGGAAAAAUCCACACAGCCAAGGAUUUGAUCCCUGGUCCUCAAAAAUGUCAGGCAGAUGUGGUAACCAGUUGAGCACCAUGUUGCAAAAUAUACUUUUUUUUCAUAAAAAUGUACAACUUCACUAUUAUACUACAUUCUUUGAAGUCAAGCCCCCCCACAUAUGUUUUUGAAUAGACAUUAUCUUUGAAGUUGUAUUACCAGUAAGUUGCCAGUUUCCAUAGUGUAGUGGUUAUCACAUUCACCUCACAUGCAAAAGGUCCCUGGUUCAAGAUUGGGUGGAAACAAGCUUUCUUUUGAGGCCCCAUAGCUCAGUGGUUAGAGCAUUGUUUUGGUAAACCAAGGGUCGUUAAUUCGUAUCCCACUGGGUUCUCCAUUCCAUGAGAGGGGUUGCGUCAGGAAGGGCAUCCGGCGUAAAAACUGUGCUAAACAAAAAUGAGUGAUUCACUGUGGCGACUCCUAACGCCACAUAAAAGCCGAAAGAAACUUCUUUUCCGGUAAGUUACUUUUUUGGGAAAUAUACAACCUGAGUAAAUUUAUAGCAUUGCUCAUAUUGUACUGAGCAGCCCUUUCUUAUGUCACAGGAAGUUCCAUUUUCUGUUCUAUGGU